GACCUGGCGUUGUACAACGAGUUUACCAUCAGUGACACCCUGACGUUCUUCGGACGGAUCCACGGCCUGUCAUCUAAGGACACUCAGGCACGCAUUAACUUCCUGGUGGACUUCCUGGACCUACCUCAGAAGAGCAAACUGGUCCGAAAUCUCAGCGGAGGGCAGAAACGGAGGGUUUCUCUAGGAGCAGCCUUACUUCAAAACCCCCAGUUAUUGAUUCUGGAUGAACCCACAGUCGGGGUGGACCCUGUGCUGAGAGCCAAGAUCUGGCAGCAUCUAGUAGAUAUUGUGAAAACUGGAAAAGUGUCGGUCGUCAUCACCACUCACUACAUAGAGGAGGCCAGGCAAGCCAAUGUGGUGGGUCUGAUGAGGAAUGGCCGACUGUUGGCCGAGGGACUUCCAGAAGCCAUGAUGAAACAGCACAAUGCACCGACCCUGGAGAAAGCCUUCCUGCAGCUGUGUGAGACCUCAGACCAGGUGAGCUCCAAACACAGCACCUCGCCUCAGGGCGGGGUCCUAGAGAGCAGCCAAUCAUUCGAGAGCAGCCGGGACGAGAGUCAACCAAUCCUGGGAGCCGGACCGGGACCAGUAGAAGAGCUGCCCAAAUAUUCAGUGGACUGGAAGGUACGAGUCAGGCAUGUGAUGCCAAAGUGGAGGAACAUCGCAGCUCUGAUUAUCAAGACCACAGUGAGGAUGAAGAGGAUGCCCGGGUCCCUGUGUUUCCAGUUCCUGCUGCCAGUCAUCCAGAUCUCUCUGAUGUGUCUGUGUAUCGGAGGAGACCCCAAAGGAAUACAGGUGGCUGUGGUCAACAAUGAGACCUCCUCCAGCUCCUUCAGCCAAUCCCUGCUCUCCUUCCUGGACAACUCCAGUGUGCAACAGGUGAACCUGUCCCACGCCGAUGCUUUUGCAGGGGCCUAUAACGGAGAGUACUGGGGCGUCAUCGGGUUUGGAAAGAAUUUCACCAGCUACCUGACCAAGAGGAUGAUCCAGCGCCAGGUCUCUAAGGAGGUAGUGGAUGGAGGGUCGGCACACGUCUGGCUGGACCUGACCAAUCAACAGAUCGCCAUGAUGCUUCAGAAGAAACUAGCAGACGCCUUUGAGGAUUUCGUCCAGUAUAAGAUGGGGAACAUGUCUUACCUGGCCUCUUUUCCUGUCAAGUUUGAGGAGCCCAUCUAUGGCAGCCUGAACUCAGACUUCACCACGUUUGUGACACCAGGAGCCGUUCUGAGCAUCACUUUCUACCUGGCAGUGGGCUUGACGGCUCUCUCCUUCGUGAUAGAGAGGAAAGAGGGACUAAUGGACAGGUGCUGGGUUGCAGGUGUUAGUUCGUUGGAGACCGUGCUGGCCCAUCUCAUCUCCCAGCUGUUUGUCAUCAGCAUCCAGGUCAUUCUACUACUGCUCUUAAUGCUGCUUGUCUUCAAGAUUCCUAACGAGGGGAACCUGGUGUUGGUGAUUGCUCUGAUCGUGCUGCAGGGUGUAACAGGCAUUUCCUUUGGUCUGGUCAUCUCAUCCUCCAUCGAUGAUGAACAGAACGCCAACCAGGCUGCCCUGGGUAUCUUCUACCCCAAUCUCAUCGUCAGUGGUAUAAUCUGGCCUGUGGAGUGCAUUCCCUAUCCACUACGUUACAUCAGUCUGGCCCUGCCCCAGACCUACGCUUCUGAAGCCCUACGAUGCAUCAUGUACAGAGGCUGGGGUCUCUCCAGGAUGAUGGUGUGGCGAGGCUUCGCUGUCACCCUGGGCUGGAACACUUUCUUCCUCAUCCUGGCCACCGUCAUCCUCAAGCUGAGGACCUGAGACGUCUACCCAGGGAACAUGCCUCGAAUGGUGGGAGAGCUACCAGGCGAGGCCCAGGCCCCUUCCUAGUCUCUGGAUGUCUGUGUCGGGGGACACUGUGCUUUAAGGGAGAAAGUGCUGGUAUACCAGAGUUCCUCUCGCAGACAGACACCCACACACACACCCUCCUCUCCCCUCCUGCUUGCCAACUCAAAGUGGCUAACCCUGAGAACCAGAGUCUAUGGGUGAAGGACUACUAGGUGGGGCGAAUCAUUCCAAAUCUUGCAGGUAGAAAUCUACUUUAUAGAAAGGAUAGCGUUCACUAUUCCAUUAGAGAGUUGUCUGCUCUUUUAUGUUGUCGUAUUUCGAGCUGCAAUGCUUUGAAUGUUUCAACCGCCUGAAUAUGCCCUGCAGCAAUGUUUCUCAACCCAGUUGUUUAACAUAUCCUAUUUUAUUACAUACAGCCCAGCUAGCACAUUUGGUUCCUUGGAAGUUGUGGGAACUUAUGUUUUUGGUUUCACAUUGGUUGUGGGAAGGAAGCCAUACUUUCCUGUCCGGUAAAACUGAAAGUUCUUCAAACGUUCUGAGAAGAGAAGUGACAAUUUUGCCUGUUCUUAGAACGUUUGUUUUUAGGUUGCAGGGAAAUUCUGAGAACGUCUUACUUCUCUGAACUAUUUUAGAACAUUCCCAAUGUCAAACCAGUUGGAGAACGUUUUUUAGAACAUUACCAAAAUUGAAAUUAAAUGUAGCCGUAUUUGAACUUUUAUGAAACGUUGAAAUAGCCCAAAAAUGUUUUGGGUCAAGUUCAUUAAAUGUGCUGAGAAUUUUCCAAAGCCAAGCAACUAUCCUGCACCAUUCCCAGGAAGUUGUGGUAAGGUUGUACGCAAAAUAACCAUAGGACAACCACGCUCUCACCAAGUUCUAAAUAACAUAUGGUUCUCAGAACGUUAUGUGGUAGCUGGGAGUAUUGUCUGAUUAACACUACAGGACCAAGCCAAGCUAGUCUGGUUACGCAUCCACAGAGAGUGAAAGCGCUGAUCUAGGACCAGUUUUGCAAUUCAGAUCACAAUGAAUAAGAUUACAUAGACAGGGGGGACCUGAUCCCAGAUCAGCACUCCUACUCUGAGGUUCUUUGUGAAUAUGAGCUCUGGUCUCUUAUCUGUAUUUUGUUUUGCUUCCUGUUUCCUGUUUUGACAGGAAGUGGUGACCUUGUCUCUAUUGGUUACCAGGUGCUCUAACCUCACUGUAUUGGCUUGCUGCUGAAGUAGCCUUGGCUUCCGGUUGUUGGUGGUAUUCUGUAUUGCUGGGGUCUGUUUUGUGCCUGUGCUUGCAGCAUACCCCCUAUAAAAAAGGACAGGUUGAUUGAUUGUCCUGAUGGUGAUUGCAUGGGGCUUUUCCCGGCGUGGUUGACUGUUCUGUCAGUGAUCGUGUUUAUUUUGAUCUCCAUUUAGGUUUUGCAGAGGCUCUUCCUGGGGUCCACAAAACGCACAACAUGACAAGUAACAAAACACUGAUACACUGAUAGACAAGGACAGUC